UCCACUCACCUCAGCCAAAAAAACUAAAUAACAAUGGCUAGCGUUACAAGUCUUCUGCUUCUGUUUGCAAUGCUGGUGGCUGUCUCCCUGGCCCAUCAUCACCAUGGUCACCAUCAUCAUCGUCACCAUCACCACCACCACCAUCAUCACCACCACCACACGAAGAAUAUCCAUCAUUACGACGAGUACUCAUCAGGCUCAUCAGGUUCCUCAGGCUCAUCCGAGUCCUCAGGAUGCGGUUGUGGAGGAAGUUCCGGGUCUUCUGAAUCCUCGGACGAAGACUACCCCAUCCCAAUCCCCAUCCCAAUCUCCAGCGGUGGCGGCAGCAGCAGCGGUAGCAGCGGUUCCUCCGACGCCGCCCUUCUCCAGGCUCUCAUCAACGCCGGAAAGAAGAAGUAGAAACAAUACUUGGUUCUGUUCAGUUUUCAACGAACAUCGUUCUCCACUGCUGGCUCUGUUGACUUCUAUAUACCUGUUCAACUUUAUCUGUUAUCUGUUUCUGUUAUCUGUAAAUUAUAUGAAAUAAAAUUUGAAUUAUGAUCAUA